AUGGAAGAACGGCAGCGGGCUGUGCUGGGGGAUGAGGAUGGAGGGCCUACAUGUCCCCUGUGCUGUGAGGAGAUGGAGUCCACGGACCUCGCCCUCCUCCCGUGCCCUUGCGGUUAUCAGAUCUGUCUGCUGUGCCUGCACAAAAUCCGCAAUGAGGGGAACAAGCAGUGCCCGGCUUGCCGCUCAGAGUGA